CACGCACACGAGUCACUGACACGAACGGGCACUCGCUUCUCCACUAGGGUUUCUCGCCGCCGCCGCCGCCGCUCGCCGUCGCCGUCGCCGCCGGAUCAGAGAUGAGCGCAUCCAGGCCGGAUCACCGGCGGCACCACCCGCCGUUUCUCCGGGACCUCUCGUCGCCGAUCUCCUCGGCCGUGCGGCUGCCCCCGGCCUCCCUCCGCCGCGAGACGCAAGGUUCCACCACCCCGCCGCCGCCGCCGCCGCCGCUGCUGUUCCUCGACGACCUCUCCCACCACUCCCCCUCGCCGAGGCCCGCCACCCCACCUCAGGCGGCGGCCAUGAGCCCCUCGCCUCCCCCUCCCCACCGCGGCGGCCUCUUCUCCUCCACCCCGCUGCGCUCCAAUGGGUCCCCCUCCCCGGCCGCGUGGUGGUCCUCCUCGAGGGAGGAGAUGGCCAGGGAGGGCUCGCCGGUCGAUGGUGUCGUGCAGCCGCAGCAGCAGCCGUCUCCGACGACGGCGUCUGGGCAGCAGUCGCAGCAGCAGAAGGUGACGCUCAUCACGCUGCCGCCACCCAGGGAAGUUGCGCGGCCGGAGAUGCCGAAGGAUUCGACACCUUCCGCUGGCCGUGUCGACGAGGAGGAGUGGGUCACCGUUUUUGGUUUUUUACCUGGCGAUACCAACUUGGUACUGAGAGAAUUUGAGAAGUGUGGUAUAGUCUUGAGACAUGUCCCUGGUCCAAGGGAUGCGAACUGGAUGCAUAUCCUGUAUCAGAGCCGGCAUGAUGCACAAAAAGCUCUCACCAAGCACGGUCAACAGUUAAACAGUGUUCUUAUCAUCGGUGUGAAGCAAGUGGACCCAUGGCAGCGGCAGUACCUGAAUGAGAAGACAAAUGAGAACUUUCAAGUUGGUGCAACAGAUCCAUUUCCAUCACAGCAUGUAGCACCAAGUUCAUUUACAACUAGAAAUGCACUAGCACCUUUGCCUAGCAAUUCUAUGCCAAAUGGAAUCGGCAACGGGAGUGGCCGUGGUGCUUCGGGGGCCAUUGCUUCACCCACAAAAUCAGUAUUGUCCAAAGUUAUGGACCUGAUGUUCGGCCUCUAAAUCCUGUUACCAAGUACUGGCUGUUAUUCUUUUGGCUGUUCCAAGGCAAAUCGAGGAUUACUGAUCAUAACAUUUCUUAUUGUUGGGUUUUUCGCACCGAAGUGACAUUAUUGGUCCACAGAAUCUGUAUUGUACCGAGCCUAAGAUCAUCAGGGUGUCAUACUGGUAUAUCACCCGGUCGGUCUGGAGCUAGUGUUGAUGGUGUUUCGCUCGUAAGCAUUCAGUGGAUCAUCCAAUACCAAACCAUAUGGAAAUUAUGUCCAUGGAAAUAUCAUCAAGUAUCAUCCUGGUUUUAUACAUAUUGAAAUGAUUCUGACCUGUAUGUGAAUGCAUCUUAGUAAAUUGUUUUCGAAUGAUUUGACAUGAGAGCCUAUAUAUAUGUUGAAUGCGUCUUAGUAAAUUGUUUUCCAAGGAUUUGACACCAGAAAUGAUACUAUUAUGUAGUCAUAGUCAAAUUGGGAACUGAA